UCCCCCUGGAUCACAGCUGUGAGAUGGGCUGCUCCUCUGGCCGGCCGCCCUGCCAGCCCGCGGCCCCCGUACAGCUACCCACGCUGGACCCUGACUGCAAUCAGACCCAGGAGGGGAUGUCGGCCGCCGCCAGUCCCCUGCCCCAGACCCCGGAGCACCUGUCUACGCUGGAGCGGCUGGCUCAGGCCACAGGUGGCACCGAGAGGUCCUGGUACCGCUGCGUCUUCCCCUUCGGCGUGAUCUCUCUAGUGAUUGGCAUGGCAGGUACGGGCGUCACGUUCACCUUCGACACCAUGCCGCAGACCAAGGUGGUGUCGCUGGCGCUGUUGGCCAUGGGGUUCAUCAUGCUGCUGGUGGCAGCCGCCUGCUGGCGGGUGCACCAGGCCCGGAAGAGAAAGAGGAAGGAGACUGGCUUUUUCGGCUCGGAGCAGGGCACCCUGUGACACCCUUACCUACGUUUAGAAACGGACGGGGGUGUUUCAGAGCAGGGGAAUGUGGACACCGCUCUUUUGGUUGUUUAUUUUAUUUUUUGUGUGUGAAGGAUCCUCUACAUCUGUGCUUGGCCUGGACGAAGAGAACUUGGCCUCAUUGUGAGGACCUCGAUGUGAGGUCACAAAGAGGGAAGUGCCAGUGAUGAUGUUCCCAGGGUCCCUGACGAUGCUGCAAGUCUCCUUCACGCUGCUGUGGGCGUCUCUCCCAUGGAACGGUGGGAUCAAAGCCACACGGCAGGCUCCAGCCUUCCCCCGCUGAAGGAAACUCUCCACUAUGAGAUGUGAGCUGUUUAGCACACUGACCUGGGGUCAUUGCCUGCAGAAAUUGAGAAUACAGGAAUAAGCGGAAGAGCAGGGUCUCAGUAAUGAGCCGACAGCAGAUCAGUGGAAGAGAGG